UUGCUGGAUCUUGCCAGACGACAAUAAAUUCGAUCGAGCUGCUACGUCUUGUGUCGUGUUUUAUUUGCGCUCAGUGAAUUAUUAGGCCUACAUCAGGAACACAAUGGUAGAGGAGAUAGAAAGCGUGGAAGAGUUCCAGCAGUUUCUCCAGGAUGCUGGCGACAAACUGGUCGUGGUGGAAUUCGGUGCUGAAUGGUGUGGACCGUGCCGGUUGAUGGGUCCUGUGUAUAACCAAUAUUCCAAAGAUCCGAAGUUCAAGAAUAAAGUCAUGUUUUUAAAGGUGGACGUUGACGAAUUAUCGGAACUAGCAGAAGAAGUCGGUAUUGCAUGCAUGCCCACAUUUCUAUUCUUCAAGCAUGGGGAGCAGAUUGAUGACAUGUCUGGCGCCAACAAGGAUAUGCUGUAUCAAAAGAUGAUAGAUCUUCUCUGAAGGGUGCACCAUCAGGACAAUACAUGUAGCUUUAGAAUACCUUCUUGUAGCAUGAUACACGUUGCAUGUACACAGACUAA